UGAAAGUUUUCAUAAACACCUGUCUGAAAUUCUUCGUCGCGAAUUUUCAUAGUCGAAGCUUUCGAUUUAUACCAUCGCAACGAGUCGUACGACGUGUAGUAGCUAAAGACUGUUUAACGAUAUAACAGAAUAACUAUUAUCCACUACAAAAUAAUAGAUCUGUCAAACAUGAAUGGGAUAUACUCAUCAAUUUUUGUGUAGAUAACGACGAGAGAAGAAAUCGUAAACUCUUUUCGCGUAAUAUUUUUGUAUAUCAACGUGAGAACGUAAGAACUAUUACAUUUUGCUCUUUAUAAUUGUGCUGUCAACAAGGUAGUUGACAGAAUUAUGUAGUUGAAAUGGUGAAGAGUGCUACAAUUGACAUGACUGGCUCUAUAUAUCAUGAACGUCAGGUGAAAGAGCUAUGUGCUUUACAUGCUCUGAACAAUUUAUUUCAAGAACGAGGUUUCAGCAAACAAGAACUAGAUCAGAUUUGCUAUAGCUUAAGUCCUGACGUAUGGAUCAAUCCUCAUAAGUCAUUACUUGGGCUUGGGAACUAUGAUAUUAAUGUUAUUAUGGCUGCAUUGCAGCAUAAAGGUCGUGAAGCAGUUUGGUUUGACAAACGCAGAGACCCAAACUGUUUGUGCCUAGAAAACAUAGAAGGCUUUAUUUUAAAUGUUCCAACCGAGUACAAAUUGGGUUUUGUCCUUUUACCUUUAAAAAGACGUCAUUGGGUUGCAUUGCGCAAAAUUCAUGGUGCCUUUUAUAAUCUUGAUUCUAAAUUGGAUGCCCCACAACUUAUUGGAAAGGACAACGAGUUACUAGCGUACCUGAAGGAGCAAAUAGAUAGCAAGGAGAAGGAACUAUUUCUUGUCGUAUCCAGAGAAGUGGACAGUACACAGGGAUGGUUAAUGGACAAAUACGAGAAUCAAAAUCAGAAUGGCAUUGAUUAUGAUUCCAUAAAAUAUAUUGAAGAUAGUUUAUCUGUGGAUUUAAGUUCAAAAAAAUCUACAGAGAUAGAAGAAACUAAUACAAAUGAGCAGUUACAGAAUAAUCACAAUUCCAGGUAAUUAGCGUAAAAUCAGCCUGCUGUAGCUUGUAUGUCCCUUCAAUAAAUUUCAAGCAAGAAAUCACCCGUAAAUAGUAGAAUACUGAUGACAAUAGUUUUGAGAUCAAAUAAAAAACAAAUGAAUAGCAUUAAUGACAAAGUCUAGUGUUUAAGAAAAUAAUUUAUUUGUCAAGGUUCUUAAGUUACUACAUGCAAAUGAUAUUCAAGAAGUUUGUUAUUUAUUUACAGCUAAUUAUGCAGAAAUGUAUAUGAGAAUAAUUUAAUAUUCAGCACAUUGAGCACCUUCGAUAAUCAUAUAGAGUAUAUUUAACUUUAUACUCAAAGUACGAACUAUGGAGAGAUUGCGUAUUUUUUUAAUACCAUUACUCUACACGAUAUGCAAUAUGAAUUAGUAUGCUAGUCGCAUAUAGUACGAAAGAUUGCAUUUACAACAAAUUGAACGUUAAACAAUUUUAUAAGCACGUACAAAAGUAAUAUUUAACAAUACAUUUGCUGAUUUUGUAAAUAAUCGCGUGUCCCAGGUUCUAUUUAUAAAAGUUUACUUUUUAUUUACAAUGAUACCAAUGGAUGAUAAUGCCAAUGGGUUUGAAAGAAUACUUGAUCAUAAAGUAAAAAAGUGUAAUGGCUAAUUGCAGUUGAAUUUCAAGUACCCCUUUUCUUUAUCAGAGUUACUUUCCAUAUUUCGCAUAAUAUAAAGGAUAAGGCUGUCGCUUGAUGUGUCAAAUAAUUUCUAACAAAAGUUACUUUUUUUUAGUCAAUAGAAAAAUCCUGUAAAAAAUGUCGGGAUAAAUAUUUUCUGAUUGAUCAUUUGUGAGCUUUUUGUGCACACUUCUUUUGUUGUAUACUUCUAAGGUAACUAUAAGCUUUACGUACCUUAUAUUUAAGAAGAUAAUGAACAUAUGUCAACGAUAAGAUUUAGCUAUGAUGACUUCUAUGUAUUAGAAUAAAUUUCUAUCAAAUUAUAGUAGGAAAAAUUCCUUUGUGUAAAACCUAAGAAAAACAAGGCUUGAACAAAGUGACACUUGAUAUAUAUGUUUGUGUGUGUGUAUAUAUAUUAUAGUGAAUAUUAAUAUUUUGAGUAGA